AUACAAUGAUAUGAUUACGAUAAGUUAUUAAAAUAAGACAACGAUUAUUUUAAGCAUUCUAAUGUUGUUUUACACCGCACUACUCUAGAAUGUGAAAUAGAACAAUCAAAAAGAGACACGGAAUUCUCCGAGUGGCUAUGCAUAACUCAGGCGGUGGCGGUGGCGGUGGCGGUGUGUGCCACGUGGUGGCGAUGCCGUUUCCGGGAAGAGGGCACAUCAACCCCAUGAUGAACCUGUGCAAGAUCCUUGCAUGCAAAAGACCGAACGAGAUUCUCAUAACCUUCGUGGUCACGGAGGAGUGGCUCGGCUUCAUCGGCGCCGAUCCCAAGCCGGACGCCAUACGCCUGAUCCUCGGCUGCGUUGAGCUCCGGUGGCCCAUCGCGCUCGCCAACCGCAGGAAUAUUCCGGUGGCUGCGUUUUGGACCAUGUCGGCGUCGUUUUACUCCAUGUUACAUCACCUUCAUGUCUUCGCACCACACCCGGAUAUUACCGUUUCUAUAGAUACGCUCGAUGAAGAAGCAAGCAACAUCCCAGGAAUUUCUUCAGCUCAUUUGACAGACCUUCGAACUGUACUUCAUGACAACGAUCAACGAGUCCUGCAGCUUGCAUUGGAAUGUAUUUCGAAAGUUCCCAAAGCAAAUUAUCUUUUACUCACAACAGUCCAAGAGUUAGAAGCUGAAAUAAUUGAAUCCUUAAAAGCUAUUUUCCCCUUUCCAGUCUAUCCUACUGGCCCUGCAAUACCUUAUUUAGAACUAGGAGAAAGCCCUUCUUACGUGAACAAUGAUCAUAGUCAUGACUACUUAAAAUGGCUAGAUUCUCAGCCACCUGAAUCAGUAUUGUACAUUUCUUUGGGUAGUUUUCUUUCAGUGUCCAGUGCCCAAAUGGAUCAAAUUGCUGAAGCACUAAAUAAUAGCAACAUUCGUUACCUUUGGGUGGCUCGAGCUGAUGCUUCUUGGUUGAAAGACAAGUGUGGUGAUAAGGGCAUGGUGGUGCCAUGGUGUGACCAAUUGAAGGUGUUGUGUCAUUCUUCCAUAGGUGGAUUUUGGAGCCAUUGUGGAUGGAAUUCCACUCUUGAAGCUCUCUUUGCUGGGGUGCCAAUGCUGACAUUCCCUCUUUUCUUGGAUCAAGUUCCAAAUAGCAGCCAAAUUGUAGAUGAGUGGAAGAAUGGGUGUAAGGUACAGACAUCAAAGUUGGGCAGUGAAGAGAUUGUGGCAAAAGAAGAGAUAGAAGAACUGGUUAAGAGGUUUAUGGAUGUUGAAAGCCAAAAGGGAAAGGAGAUCAGAGACAGGGCUAGAGAAAUCAAGGUUAUGUGUCACAGAGCGAUUGCCACAGGUGGAUCCUCAGAUGGAAACCUUGAUGCAUUCAUUAGAGACAUUUCAAAACCACUGACGCAUUGAGCAACUAUAAAGUGUUGGAUAUUGUAUUUAACCUUGUAAAAUGUCUUGUAACUGAAAGUGAGUUUGACCUUUUACAUACAUUAAGCAAUUUGAGAUCCGCAUGCUACUUA